UGAGCGGGUCUUUAAAUGACUAGGCCAAUCGCCGGUCAUGCAGCUUGUGCAGAAGUGCUGCCACAGGAGCAGAGUAUUCUCGUUCAUUCGAGUGAAUGCCAUUGGACGCUGCGGAAGGAUCAUCACAGCUGCAACAGGACAAUGUCGGCAGAUUCGGGUUUUUGCAAACAUUUUGGUCACGUGACGUUUUGGGUUGGGAAUGCAAAGCAGGCAGCAGCCCACUACUGUGCUAGGGUGGGCUUUAAGCCCCUGGCAUACAAAGGUUUAGAAACUGGAAGUCGAAAGGUUGUUGCUCAUGUGGUCAAGCAGAAUGAGAUUGUGUUUGUAUUCCAAUCACCGCUGGAGCCCGACACUCCGCCAGAUAUGACGAAAUUCUUAUCAACGCAUGGUGAUAGCCCGAAAGAUAUAGCUUUUGAGGUGGACGACGUGGAUGCGAUCUUUAAGCGAGCGCAAGAACACGGAGCUGAAAUAGUCCAGGAACCAGUCAAUGAAUCAGAUGAGAAUGGUACCGUGCGCUAUGCUGUGGUCCGCACAUUCGGCGACAUAACACAUACAUUUGUGAACCGCAGCACCUACAGAGGACUUUUCAUGCCGGGCUACACGAAGCCGAGGGAUGCCGAUCCCCUAGUAGAUAUACUCCCCGCAGUUGGGCUAAAAGUGGUUGAUCACAUGGCGGUAGCAUGUGGAGUGGAGAAAUCGGCGAAAUGGUACGAUCAGAUACUUCUGUUCGAGAAGGCAUAUUCUGUCGAUGCCAAGACGAUGCAGACCAAAGGUUCAUCCAUGACUUCCACCGUGUUAGCUAACAAAGAGAGGACUAUCAAUUUGAAUUUAUCGGAACCAGUCAACGAAUACGGCAAGGGUCCACUGCAGGAAUUUAUUGACUAUCACGGAGGUCCUGGAGUUGCCCAUAUAGCCGUAUUAACAGACAAUAUAUUUUCAACGGUGGCAGCACUGAAGGCAAGGGGGAUUUCAUUCAUGAGCGUCCCAAAAAACUAUUAUGUAGAGUUGAGGGAGAAGAUGAAGACAACUGAUAUUAAGUUUAACGAAGACAUUGACGAGCUCGAGAGGCUCCAACUACUGGUUGACUUCGAAUCAGGGGGUUUCCUACUGCAGACAUUUACAAAGUUGAUGCAGGACAGGCCUUCCCUUUUCAUCGAGAUCAUACAGAGACAUAACAAUAAGGGCUUUGGGAACGGGAAUUACAAGGCGUUGUAUAAGACCCACGAGGCAGACAAGGCUGCUCGCGGAAACUGAAUCAGAUCGACCACGAUAUGUCACACUUUAUCAGGUUACGGUGUUAUAGUUAUUCUGUACAAAUAACAUGGGUUUAGAAUCUCAUUUAUGAUAUACUCUGAAAGCUCAAAUUCCACUCCGAUUUCAAAAUCGUUCACAUCAGAUUUUAUGAGGGCGUUACCUUUUACGUCUCGAGUAGGGUUCUACAGGAUGGCCCAUAAUUAUUUUUCCCUUGAACAAUUCUAUUGUGUACCUAUUGUGUGUGGGAAAAUAAUUCUGGGCCACCCUGUUGUAGAAAAAAGUGAGUUUGAUCAACAGUGUGCCUUGAAAGUGUAGCUCAUAAGUAUAAGUUGUUGGUAAGUGAUAGCAUCCAACAUCACUUUAUGU